AUAAACACAAAAUAAGUGUGAGAAAGAAAGAAAGAGUCUCUCUUGAGUCUUUAAGUCAUGCAGCUCAAAUCAUCAUCAUGUUCAUCAUCUUCUACUUCUACUUCAACACCGUCCAUGAAACUCAAAACCCUAAUCCAAAAUCUCCUCGCACACCCUCUCUACCGUUUCCUUAGAGCUGUCUCUAGAGCUAAAUCAAUCUUUCUAGAGAUCUCUAAACACAACAACAAGAAACGAAAGCUUACGAUGUUUUAUCCAAGAAAGGCUUCAAAGAAUCAACGAAAGAUCUUUUUCGGAUCGUUCAGGUUGCAUUACAACUGGUGUUCCUCUGAUGUUGUUCCUGUCCCUCAGCCUCUCCCUUUUUCUGUCUCUGACAUCAAUGGUGUAGAAGAUGAUGAAUCUCAGCUCUCUGGCUACCUCGAGUGGCUUGAGCACAAGAAGGUAGAGGAUUUGGAAGAGAUCAGAGAUGUCGGAGAAGUGGAUGAUGAUAAUGAUAUUGAUCAUUUUGCAGGCAGAUAUGUUCAUCGCUAAUUGCCACAAGAAGUUCUUGCUCGAGAAAGUGGAAUCUUAUAGGAGAUUUCAAGAAAUGCUAGAAAGGAGUUCGUAAAUUAUCAGAUGUCAAACAUAGAUUUUGACUUUUUUUUUUCUAAAUUAAUAAUCGUGUUGUAAAAUCGUAGCUAGUUUGAUUUGAUAAUAUUGCCAAAAGGUGGUGAAAGUGUAUCUUCAAAG